AUGGCAGCCAACUCACCUCUCCCACGCAUCUGCGUUCUAGGCUCUCUCAACAUAGACCUGGUGUCCUAUGUUCCUCACCACCCCGCCCCCGGCGAGACGCUCACCUCCAACUCCUUCACCGUAUCUCCAGGCGGCAAAGGAGCCAACCAAGCCGUAGCAUGCGCCAAGCUCUCGCGCUCGCAGCCCGCACCGGGCAGCCGCGCCGAUGACGCCUCGGCCGCAGCCCACGUGGCGAUGGUGGGCGCGGUAGGCGCCGACACGUACGGGCAGAUGCUGCAGGACAGCCUGGCGUCGCACGGCGUGGACGUCGGCGGGGUGACGGCGUCGGCGGCGCUCAAGACGGGCAUCGCCAUCAUCAUCGUCGACCAGCCGACGGGCCAGAACCGCAUCGUGCUGAGCCCCGAGGCCAACCACCAGGGCAUGGCGGCCGCGCACUUUGGCGCCGCCGUCGCGCCGCGCGUCGGCAGCCCGGACCUGCUCAUCAUGCAGCUCGAGGUCCCGCUCGACACGGUCCUGCUGGCGCUGGCGCGCGCCCGCGACCUCGGCACCCCCGUGCUGCUCAACCCGGCGCCGGCCGUCAAGCUGCCCGACGAGGUGUACCGGGGGCUGGCGCACCUCGUCGUCAACGAGACCGAGGCGUCGCUCCUGUCGGGCCUGCCGGUCGAGAAGCUGGACACGGCAGAGGGGUGCGCCGAGGUCGCCGCGUGGUUCCUGCAGCGGGGCGUCCAGACGACCAUCAUCACGCUCGGCGGCAGGGGCGUCUACUACAAGUCAGAGGCGGCCGAGGGCCUGCUGCCCGCUGAGAAGGUCAAGGAGGUCGUCGACACGACGGCCGCGGGGGACACGUUCGUGGGCCAGUACGCGCUUGAGGUGGUGGGCAGCAAGGGUGGCGCCUUUGACCUCGAGGCUGCGGUGCGCAAGGCGAACAAGGCGGGUGCCAUCACGGUGCAGAGGAAAGGCGCAGCGGCUAGCAUUCCAUGGAGGGAUGAAGUGGUAUGA